CCACGUCGCACCGCUGAGCCGUCGCGGGGCGAGAUGAGCGCGGACGCGGCCGCGGGGGCGCCCCUGCCCCGGCUCUGCUGUCUGGAGAAGGGCCCGAACGGCUACGGCUUCCACCUGCACGGGGAGAAGGGCAAGGUGGGCCAGUUCAUCCGGCUGGUGGAGCCUGGUUCUCCGGCCGAGAAGGCGGGGCUGCUGGCCGGAGACCGGCUGGUGGAGGUGAACGGCGAGAACGUAGAGAAGGAGACCCACCAGCAGGUGGUGAGCCGCAUCCGCGCCGCGCUCAACGCCGUGCGCCUGCUGGUGGUCGACCCCGACGCGGACGAGCGGCUGCAGAAGCUGGGCGUCCCGGUGCGGGAGGAGCUGCUGCGCGCCCAGGACGGGCCCGGGCAGGCCGAGCCGCCGGCCGCCACCGAGGCGCGGGGGGCUGGCGCCGAAAGUGAGCCGCAGGCCGCCGCGCCGGAGCCGCGCGAAGCCGAGAGGAGCGGUCCGGAGCGGCGUGAGCUCCGGCCUCGGCUCUGCGCCAUGAAGAAAGGCGCCAACGGCUACGGUUUCAACUUGCACAGCGACAAGUCCAAGCCAGGCCAGUUCAUCCGGGCGGUGGACCCAGACUCACCAGCUGAGGCCUCGGGGCUCCGGGCUCAGGACCGCAACCCACAGGUGAAUGGGGUCUGCGUGGAGGGCAAGCAGCAUGGGGAUGUGGUAUCUGCCAUCAAGGCUGGUGGGGACGAGACCAAGCUGCUGGUGGUAGACAAGGAGACUGAUGAGUUCUUCAAGAAAUGCAAAGUGAUCCCGUCCCAGGAGCACCUGACUGGUCCCUUGCCUGAGCCCUUUACCAAUGGGGAGAUCCGGAAGGAGAACAGUCGUGAACCUCUGGCCGAGGUAGCCUCUGAGAGCCCCAGAUCAGCCCUGGCAAGAUCCACCUCCAGUGAUACCAGUGAGGAGCUGAAUUCCCAAGACAGCCCCAGGAAACAGGACUCCACGGCACCCUCGUCUACCUCCUCCUCCUCUGACCCCAUCUUGGACUUCAACAUCUCCCUGGCCAUGGCCAGGGAGCGGGCCCACCAGAAGCGCAGCAGCAAGCGGGCCCCGCAGAUGGACUGGAGCAAGAAAAAUGAACUCUUCAGCAACCUCUGAGCAUCCUCCCACAGGCUCCCAGGAGAGCUGGGAGGG